AUGACGGGGGCAGGUUCUGUAUCCUCGUCUUGUGAGGGACCCUUCCAUCUUGAGAAGUAUCUACCAGCCUGUGAAGCAGCCAAGGCUCAGGAGAUAGAGCAAAUUAAGGAAUCUCUGCCACCUUGCGCCUCGAAACCUCCUCAAAACGAAGACACCACUCACAUUCAGUCUACCCUAACUAAGACGCCAUCUCAGAAGCAUUUCCUCAGCACCAGCGUUGCAGCACUUGGAAGAAGCAAGGAUAAAAGCAGCCAUGAGGAGCAGACCGAACUUGGCAUCCCGUCGUCCUCAUCUCAGGGACGUGGCUACAGGAGACUUUCACAAAAUUUGGUAGCCAAAUUCAAGGGCCUAUUCAAUGAUGACGAAGUGAUGCCUCUCACUAAAGAGAAGAUGCGACCGCUGACAGAGAAUCCGACUAGCUCCCCCCAGUCUCUAAAGCUACAUGAGCCGGUACAGCAAUCAAAGGUCGACCUCUCGCGUACUUCUUCAUUGAGGAACCUUAUCUACGAUUUCGAUCGAUACGGAAUGUUGAGAGAAGGUAACGCAACUCAAGUUGACGCAUCUAAUUCUAAUGACCGAAACAACCUAAAGACGGAUAAGGGGUUCUUAUCGAGUCGGGCUACGAUGGACAUUAUCAUAGGACGACACAAUACACACAGAGACAGGGAGUUUAACCAAGGGGGCAUGCGCAGGAUGAACGAUCUUGAAAGAGCCCACAACACUCCCAAUCUCCUUCAACUUAACAGUCAGGCGGUUGAAGCUGGUUACGAAGACAUCUCUGACCGUAUGGAAUAUGAUCCAGAGUGGGGAGGAUGCAUCGGACGCUGGUUAGAUGGCAUAGCAUCAGAACGUCACUUGACACAUCAACAGAGUGAAUCGUGCCACUCUUCUCUAGUUGGCGAUGGGCUAGAAUUUAAGGAUUUCGACGGUGUUUUCCUAUCGUCCGAUAAUACAUCAUCUAAACGCGAGUCAAUCGAUUCUAAGGGAUUUACUCAACUCACUAUCGAAGACGGCGCAGAUGCAGCAGAUGCAGCAGAUGCAGCAGAUGCAACAUAUCUUCUGUCUAGCCCCACCAACCCUCGUACCUCAGUUAGCACUCGCGCAGAUUCUUGGGACUUUGACGAGAAUAAUUGGUUCCCUGUAGUCAUUCCUCAGGAACCGGUUUUUACUCCCCAAUCUCAGUCAGAACGAUCUAGUUUUUCGUUCCAACAAGACAUCGAGCACUGCAAUAGAGGCAUUUCAGAACCUGGACAAACCGUCGAACAAGCAAAUCCCACACAUUCGACAUCUCUUUCCGACUGGUCGUGCCCCUAUUGCGGCUUCUUGAACCUCCCGAGACGAACAGCCUGCAUGCAGUGCUGGGAAGAACGUGCAGAACCGCUAGACAACACAAAUCAUCGCAACCGCCGAGUGACUUUCGCAGAGCCCACGAAAUUCGAGGGCAAACACGCUUCAGCCAUGAAGGGAUACAAUGCAUCAUUGGUUGAUGCAUCGCUCGUUCCAGAGCCGCUCAAUAUCAAAUCUUGCCUCAAGACAAAGGCUCAUCGAGAGUACAAACCCGCCGACAAGAGUACCCAGACUGAGGUUCAGGGCUCUGAUGAGCCGGCUUCUCAUCAGAACCAGCAGACCAAUGCCACCAAAGCUACUACUACGUCUAACGAGGCCGAGCAGACUGCCAACGAUAUCUUUGAGGAAAGACUGAAGAGAAUGGAAGCUAUCGUGAACGAGACCAAGGAGAACAACGAGAGCAUGCGUCGCAUGCUAAAGUCGAUGGAGGAAAUAUGGCAACGGAUUUCCGAGGAGCGUAACGCUAAAAACUAAGACAUCAGUCGCACAGGAAGCAAGCUACGCCCAUAUUCACGAAUCUGCGAGAUGGGCCGGAUCACAUUUGCGUAUGCGUUACAUGACUUUGAGGUUGAGAGCUGGAGGAUAAGUAGGAGAUGAUAGGAGACGAGUAGCAAACCACACGGCAUAGCAGUAAAUGCCGGGAGAAGCCAGUAUAUGGCGAGAUAGCUGGAGCUAACAUUGCAUAAAAGGGAUUCUUCACCCUUUCACACUUGCCUUUCUUGAACAUCUAGUUCAAUUUGUCUGAUCUUGUACAAUAGCACGCACGAUUGAAAAAAACAACC